AUGGAUACUAUUGCACACAGAUGGAAGCGAAACUCGCGCACCAUCGACAGAACAUCAACAUCGGGAGAGUUGGAUGCAGAAGCACUCCGUCAUCCAACUGAUUUUCAACGCACCAUCAAGUCGGUGGAAGAAUGUACGGCGGAGGCAGGGCAUGGAGUAACGUCUAAUGCUUGGAGGAAACGACUAGAGUCGGCAAAAAGCGAGGUCAAGACGGCUUGCCUGAAAGCCAUCUCAUCAAAGGGUACAAGACCAGAUGCUAUCCUCGAGGCCGCUAACGUCUUCGUGGAGAAAAUCUCUUCCACCUACACGGACGAGAAAGUCGACCAAGUGAAAACUUUCAGGAAUGGGGCCGAGGAGGAAAAGAAGGCCGGAAGUACUAGCACCAGGCACAUGACCCGAGAGGCGUUUCGACAGCGGGGCACGGGUGGCGGCGGUGUUGGUACCGGCCACGACGGCGAGGAUAGUCGUGAUCCCGGUGGUGAAGGCGCGAGCAGUGGUAGUAGUAGCCAAGAUGCUGGUCCUCGCGGUGACGCGGAGCGUUGGAACGGUGGCGGCGGUAGCGUCGCCGCUGGUGCUGACGGCAACCAAGGAGGUGAUGCUCGUGGUCUGGCUGCUGCUGCCGCUCCUGCUUGCGAUACCGGCGACGCCGCCGCUGCUGUUGUGGGUAGUGGUGGUAGGACAAAGCCGAAUUGUGGAUGUAUGGAUGAAACCAAGGUGCACAUAUUUUCGUCGUCCUUCUUCACCAAGCUCGUGGAGAAGGACAUCGACGAGUUCAAUGCGGCGUACGGCGGUGUCAAGCGUUGGUCCCGGCACGUGGAUCUCUUCUCGAUGAAGUUCGUCAUGGUACCGGUGGUGGAGGACGAGCACUGGCGCCUCGCGUGCCUAUGCAACCUGAACAAGCUCGAGGCGAAGUGGAAGGAUACCGGGCGAGGCGAUCUUGUGUUUGAUCCGGAUGUUCUUCCCCUCGUGUGCCCGCAAGCGCCCACGCAGCCGAACGCCUACGCCCGCGGAGUGUACGUUCUACGCUUCGCAAAGGGAAGCUCCAGCUUGUGCCCGUGCAUGGAGAUGUACCAGAAGUGGCCGGUGGUGAAGGAAGCAGGCGUCAACGAUGGGAUGCAGGCGCACUUCAAUCCCGAACUCUUCAGCCCCUCGGACAUCACGGAAGAGCGCCGUAUGCUCGGGAAGCUGCUGCAGGACUGCAAGGUCCGCUACAAACGUGAGGAGGAGCAACAAAGCUCCGAGAAGAGGAAGGCCAGUGGCAAUACCCACGCCGGCUCCAACAGCGGUUCAGAGGUGGAGGUAGAGGAGCCUCCGCCAACGAUGUCGUCCGGUGACCUGUCCGACGCCUGGUGCUGCCGGUGGAACAACAAGAACAACCCCUCUCUUGCCACCCAGCGGUGA